GUCGAUCAAUGAAUCCAAGUAUCCACUGCGCAGAUGCGGGUUUCCGCGAGGAUAUUCUCACUAUCAUCGAGCAGUUAGAAACAUCAACUUAUGAUGCACGGACACAAAAUCAUAAUGACCGCUAAGUGCCGUCAAAACUGCCGGUUAAUAACAUGUUUCACAGUAUACAAAAUACGUGUAUGCUACUGCCCACUCGUAACAUUUUGUUAUUUGUUUGAUACCAAUUCUAGCAACAUAACAAAGCCAAAAUGUAGCCUUCCUGCGUGUGUUACAGACACAUUCCAUGAUGCGUAUGUUGGUACAAGUGACAGCUGCUCUUAAAUUCAGCACGCGGGAGGCGUUGUAAGCUGAAAGUGUUUUGUGUACAUGUAUUAGUGUUUUGUUUAUGAAUGUUCGGACUGAUCUGCAAUUGUGUGUAAUUUUGAAACUCUGGAAAUGGUUGUGUUAAGUAAUUUUCCACCUCCUACGGAAGGCAUAAGACACCAACAGCCCGCCACUGUCGCACACGUUAACAACAGAGAUAUUGGGAAAGGCACUUUGUUUAUAACGGAAAGUCGUCUGUCAUGGGUAAACAACUCCACUGGCCAGGGAUUUUCUCUCGAGUACCCUCACAUUGCUCUCCAUGCAGUAUCAAGGGAUUUGCAGUCACAUCCACAGGAGUGCCUUUAUAUCAUGUUGGACACACACGUAGAUGCAGAAGAAAACCAGCCUGAAGAAAAUGCUGAUGACGACAGUUCAAAUCCUGAAAUGACAGAAAUGAGAUUUAUACCUGAUGACAAAGGAAUGCUAGAUGCAAUGUACCAUGCUAUGUGUGAAUGCCAGGCUCUGCAUCCUGAUCAAUCUGAAAACUAUGAUGAUUGUGAAGAAGAUGAAAUUUUUGGUGAUGCUGAAGAAGAUGAGAACGAAGAUGGACUGUACAACAUACCUGGAGAUGUACCAAUUAUCAUUAACAAUUCUUCGUUCACUGCUGCAAAUGGGCAGCAGCAGCUGCAACAAGAUGAGCCAAUGGAAACAGAAGCUGGGCAGUUUGAAGAUGCCGAUUGUGAGCCAGAUAAUUAAGAACUUUAGUGGCAACUAUUUCCUACUUUGAUUUCGUUGUGUUCUGUUUGUUUGACUUGUUAACUACAUUUUCUCAUUUAUGUUUGUUUAUAAACAUCACUUCAUGAACGUGUUAUUCAGGCGUGCAGGAAAGAAAAUAUUCUUGUAUUUUAAAGUUAGUUAUUAUUUCUUUUACAGUCUGAAAGACCGAAUGUUGGAGUUGAUCUCUGUAAAAUGGCAGAAAAUUCCUUUGUAAUAAAUUUGUCAAUAAAAGUAUUUUUGUCACUA